CUCCUGUGCACUGCAGAGUUGGCUGAUGGCUGAUAAAUAUAAUAGUAGGAUGGUAGAUAAGAUAAGUAGUUAACUAAUUUAAUAACAGAUUAACUGGCAUUCUGUGUUCAAACACUGUAACAGAAAGAUUUUGUGAAGUGCUCACUCAAAAUCUUAGUAUUAUAUGAUUAAUAUUGUUAAUAAUAUCACAAAACUUUAACCCAAGUAACACAAACAAAUAAAUGUACCAAGAUUUGGACUAAUUUCCAAAGUAUUCCCAACAAAUCUGUAAAAGCAGCACCAAGACCUCAUUGGGAACUUGUCGUACACUGUCGUAACUGCCAGCAAAUAUAAUGACUGACUGUGUUAAUGCCAUGAACAAGUAGAUUGUUGUGUUGUUGUUCUCUUCAAACCAGGAGAAUGAUUUUUAUCUCAUAGUGGAACAACUUUACUUGUAGAUACCAAUACAUUGAUACUGUAUGUGUGCAAGGAAUGUGGAAUACAACUUUUAGUGCUCUUAGUGUGCAUGUGCCUGUUGCAGGGCAAUCAUGGAACACAAGGAGCUGCUAAAGGUACCCUGGGACUGGCAGAUAGGUCUUUUCUAUGUUGGUUUCAGUGCCUUCAUGUUCGGCCUGUACAGCUUCAUGCCAGUGGUGAUGAAGAGAACGAGUGCCACCUCAGUCAAUCUCUCUUUGCUCACAGCUGACCUGUACAGCCUCUUCUGUGGCUUCUUCCUCUUUCACUACAAGGUAAUAUUAAACUGCCAGGAAGCAUUCAUUUGGUGAUGUGCAUGUCAAUAG